AAAGAAGUGAAGCAAUCUUACUUACAUUUUCUCCCUGGACUUAAGCAGGAAAUCACUACAUCAUGCAAAAAUCUUGCAAAGAAAAUGAAGGAACACCCAAAUGCAAUGUGCCAAAGAGACAGGAAGAGUGCUCCUAUGGAGAGUUCCAACGCCAGCAAACCGAAGGGAAUUUUAGGCAAAGGCUGCUUCAGUCUCUCGAGGAAUUUGGAAAGGACAUAGACUUUAGGCAUUUUAAGGAUGAAGAAAUGACAAGAGAGGGAGAUGGGAUGGAAAGGCGUUUGGAAGAGAUAAGGGGUCUGAGAAAGAAAUGUAGGGCUCUGCUUUCUAACCGUAGGCAUUCUCGAGACCGUCCAUAUCCUAUUUAAUGCACUUCUCGCCUGAAUUCAACUAUUUUCUGUUCUUAAUAUUGCAGUAUUGGUUCCUUUUGUCUGCAUUUUCUUGUGAAAUAUUUGCUACUAUUUUAUUCCAAUCCUUCAAUGUUUUACAAGUGACUCUUGUUGCCAUCAUUUCAUCUUUUGACCUGAUCUCACUCAUUUAAUAGAAUUGCUUCAUUUGUUUGCAUGUG